UUGCCCUCGUGAGAAACCCAAAUGACCUCCUUUCUUGUAUCGUAUCGUACCGUCUCUGAUCUCUCUGCUGUUCUACCAGCCCAAGUCUCCAUUGACGACCGCACUCUAAGGUGCCUCGCUCUCAGAUUUCGGGCUCAGAGUGUGUCCGAAAUUCCAGAUCCCAAACAAAUGUUGCUUGGCUAGAAAGAAAAGAAAAGAGAAGAAAGGAAAGGAAAAAUUAAGAUGGAGUUGUCUACUGAGACGAUUAACGUCGCCGUGAUAGCCCGGAAGCUUGAUGUUGACAAUCGGAUUUCUCUCCGGUAUUACUUCCGGAUCGCCGAUAAUAUUCUCAAACAGGCUGACAUCUUUCGAAGAGAGAAGAAUAUUAUAGAUCUGUACACUAUGCUUUUAAGAUUUUCAAGUUUGGUCUCCGAGACAAUACCAUGCCAUCGAGAUUACAGAGCAUCUCUUCAAAGCCAAAAAGUUUAUCUGAAGAAGAAAUUAGUGAUUGCAUUGACUGAGCUGGAGCAGUUGAAGCCUGCAGUGCAGCAGAAGAUCAUUGAAUUAAACAGAAAACAAGCAUAUCAAGUAAACGGGCUGGGCCAGUUUCAUCAAAAUAAUUCAUUACAUUGGUCUCCAGUUAAAAAGCAAACCUUAACUAAUUAUGAUGUUUCAAAGGCUACAAGACCAGCUGCACCUCAAUUCAUCUAUCAAGGUUCAAGGGCUCAACUAUUUUCACAUGCCAGGCCUGUGGAACAGCGAUUUGGCCAGUUAUCUUUAAAUAUGAUGCGUCCAAAGGAGGAAACUCUCUCCAGACAUUCUAUCUUGGGUCCGCAUGGGCUUUCUGGGCAGUGGCAGGCACCUAUAAGUGAUAAAGGGGUCCAAUAUCCCAGCAACAUAGACCUGACUCCAGUUGAAAUCCCAAGCCUGCAGAAAACCAUAGAUGAUGGACUUGCAAUUACAAAAGAUUGUAGCAACUCGGAACAAGAAAGAUCAAGUCGGGAACCAAUUCUUACCCAGAAUGAUAAUACCCAGAUGCAUCGUCCUGAGGGACCUUGCUCCUUGAUUUCCUUUGAAACAACAGAAUCCCCGGCUCAAUCAGAUAUUAUCAGACAGCCUUCUCCUCCACCUGUACUUGCUGAAGUACAAGAUUUGAUCCCUGCAGUGUCACAACCUUCUCCAAAUGUACUAGCUGAAGUACAAGAUUUGAUACCUGCACUGUCAUCCCAAGUUAGCGAGGCAGAACUUGGAAUGGAGACUUCCCUACAAGAUAAUUUGGUUCAUACUGAAUCUCCACUGCAAUUGCACAUUUCAACCGCAGUUAUGGAGACCUUUAUGAAGCUCGCCAAGUCAAACACAGACAAGAACUUAGAAACAUGUGGUGUCCUUGCAGGUUCACUUAAAAACAGAAAGUUCUAUGUUACGGCUCUCAUCAUUCCUAAGCAGGAAUCAACAUCAGAUUCUUGUCAGACGACAAACGAAGAGGAAAUUUUUGAGGUGCAGGACAAACAGUCUCUUUUCCCCCUUGGUUGGAUUCAUACACAUCCUUCUCAGUCUUGUUUCAUGUCGUCGGUUGAUCUUCACACCCAUUACUCAUAUCAGAUUAUGUUGCCAGAAGCUGUCGCUAUUGUCAUGGCACCAAGAGAUGGUUCAAGAAAGCAUGGCAUUUUCCGGUUAACAACCCCUGGUGGCAUGUCUGUCAUUAGACACUGUCAGCAACGUGGCUUUCAUCCACACAGUCAGCCUACAGAUGGCGGGCCGAUAUACAAGAGUUGUACAGAUGUUUACCUGAACCCCAAUUUAAAAUUUGACGUCAUUGAUCUUCGGUGAUGACAAUCAACAUUCAUGAUGUAAUUGUUCAUAUACUCUGUACAAUAAUAUUCACUUCACCAUUACAGAGCUGUUCGAAAGCGAGAAUAGGUGUGUUUAUAUAUUGGUGUUUGUAUAAAAGAUAGGAGAGAGAACCUUGCCCACUGACCAUGUAACGAAGCAUAAUAUACCCUCCCUCUGAUCAAUCGGCAAUCAAAUUGCAGUGAUCUGCCUCCAUUUGGAAAGAAA